UAAAGAACCUGUUCCUGCGGUGGGUAAUUAAGAAAAAGCCCAUAGAUCGACCAAGUACAGCUAAGGAUGAAGAAGUCUAUGCAAUAUCCAACACUCUUCUGCUGAUUAACAGGCAAUGUUUUAAAUUCCCACAGAGCAUGUUGUCUUUCCUAGAUGGUUCAUAUGCCAAGACAUGGCACAGAUGUUGUGUAUGGGACAUCAUACACAAACACAUGUCCAUAUAGAAAUUCUUGCCUUCAUAGACUACCAGAGUUGUGAAACAUUCCUUAAAUCUCAUUAAUCGGGUGGCAUUUGUGUUUUUGUCACAUGCAGUACAUUUCAGGAUUCGGAAAUGAGUGUGCCUCAGAGGACCCUCGCUGCCCGGGUGCCCUGCCAGAAGGACAGAAUAGUCCUCAGGUCUGCCCCUACAACUUGUAUGCUGAGCAGCUCUCAGGAUCGGCUUUCACUUGUCCACGGAGCUCCAACAAGAGAAGCUGGCUGUAUAGGAUCCUGCCCUCAGUUUCUCACAAGCCCUUUGAAUCUAUUGACCAAGGCCAUGUCACUCACAACUGGGAUGAAGUUGAUCCUGAUCCUAACCAGCUUAGAUGGAAACCAUUCGAGAUUCCAAAAGCAUCUCAGAAGAAAGUGGACUUUAUGGACGGUCUGCACACCUUGUGUGGAGCUGGAGACAUGAGGUCUAACAACGGGCUUGCCAUCCACAUUUAUCUCUGCAACACCUCGAUGGUCGACAGGUGCUUUUACAAUUCAGAUGGGGACUUCUUAAUUGCUCCCCAGAAAGGGAAGCUUCUCAUUUACACCGAGUUUGGCAAGAUGCUUGUGCAGCCCAAUGAGAUCUGCGUCAUUCAGAGAGGAAUGCGCUUCAGCAUAGAUGUCUUCGAGGAGACCAGGGGUUACAUCCUGGAGGUCUACGGCGUCCACUUUGAGUUGCCUGACUUGGGACCCAUUGGAGCCAAUGGCUUGGCAAAUCCUCGUGAUUUCUUGAUACCUGUUGCCUGGUUUGAAGAUCGCCAAGUGCCAGGUGGUUACACUGUCGUCAAUAAAUACCAGGGCAAGCUGUUUGCUGCCAAACAGGAUGUCUCUCCGUUCAAUGUGGUGGCCUGGCACGGGAACUAUACACCCUACAAGUACAACCUGGAGAACUUCAUGGUCAUCAACUCAGUGGCCUUCGACCAUGCUGACCCAUCCAUUUUCACGGUGUUGACAGCCAAGUCCCUCCGCCCUGGAGUAGCCGUUGCUGAUUUUGUCAUCUUCCCUCCUCGGUGGGGGGUUGCUGAUAAGACCUUCAGGCCCCCUUAUUACCACAGGAACUGCAUGAGUGAAUUCAUGGGACUCAUCAAAGGUCACUAUGAGGCAAAGCAAGGUGGCUUCCUGCCGGGAGGAGGCAGCCUGCACAGCACGAUGACCCCCCACGGGCCCGACGCUGACUGCUUUGAGAAGGCCAGCAAGGCCAAGCUGGCACCUGAGAGGGUUGCUGAUGGCACCAUGACAUUUAUGUUUGAGUCUUCCUUAAGUAUGGCUGUCACCAAGUGGGGGCUGAAGACCUCCAAUUGUUUGGAUGAGAACUACUACAAAUGCUGGGAGCCUCUCAAGAGUCACUUCACCCCCAAUUCCAGGAACCCAACAGGACCUAACUGA